GAAGAGGGAUGCAGCUAAUCAGUGUGAGGGAGGAGUCACUUUAUUUGUUCCUGUUUAAAGAAGGCGCAGAGGAAAUGUUCUGUUUGCAACAAUGCAGUCCAUGCAGCUUUUUGUGGUCGGCUUGGUGCUGACAUGUCUCAGGCUUAGCGACGCUCGAUUUCUCAGUGUGAGAGGGCCAAUGUACCCUCAGGUUGAGGAUCAGAAGCCUGCAGGGGUGGAGGCUGAGUCGGCAGCAAAACCUGAGAGAGGGAACUCCAGGGAGUCUGCUCAACACACUGCAGAAGUUCUUCAGAGGAGGACGUGGCCAGAACUCAACCCGUUCUCCUGGAAGUUUCCAAAUGAUCCAGUAGAGCCGGAGCACAAAGCUCCUGUUAAGUUUGAACCACAGCAGCAGAAGAAAGAGCGUGUUGCUGUGAGGUGUGGGGAGAGUAAGGUCCAGGUGGAGGUGAGUCAGGACUUGCCAGGUCUGAGCCGGAACGUGAAACCAGAGGAGAUGACACUCGGUGGUUGUUCAGCCACAGAUGUCGAUGACUUGUCCCAUGUGCUGGUGUUUGAAAGUCAGCUGCACGGUUGUGGAAGCAAACUGGUGAUGACAGAGGAUGCCUUUAUUUAUGCCUUCACACUGGUCUUUAAGCCCAGAGUCUUAAGCAGAGGAGGCAUCAUCAGGAGUCAGAGCGCCAUCAUCGGGGUGGAGUGUCACUACCCGAGGUGAAUGGAAGCCUGGAUCAGCCUUAAAAGACCCUCAGUAAUAUCUGUCGGACAUUUAAAAGACUUGUGUGCAAUAUGAUAUUAAAUAAACUUUUUUUUUUACAUCCUAA